AAAAACAAAAUAAAAUUUGUUAAAAGAAAUGUAUGCGGUCACCCUGAUAACAAACAAACAGAAAGAAAGAAUAAUAAUUAAAAAAAAAAUAACUGAAAAAAAAGAAAGAAAAAGCAACUGCCGUUAAGGUCGUAUACUGUGGGUAAAAAAGAUUGCCAGAGAAAAGAACAGACAAAAAGAUAAAAUUAAAAAUAUACACACAAACACACAUACAUUUACAAUCGUAAUAACGAGUAUAUGUAUAUGAUGAAAAAAAGUCAUAAAUAAAAUCGAGAUAAAUUAACAAUUUCAUUGAUUUGUCAUUAAAGAUUUUAAGAAAAAACAAGACAUCAAUAUUAAUUGUUGGCUAAAUGGAGGCAUCUGAUGGAUCGCCGCCACCAUCAUUGUGUAUGAUACGAGCUGCGGAACUAUUUCCUAAACCACAAAUGGAGAAAGAAGAUUUACAACUAAAAGUCCCAUUUCAGGAACUUGCUGGCGAGUCUGUCAAGUAUUUGGGGCGUACCGAUGAUGGCGUAUUGGCCUUAUCAAAUUAUCGCAUAUUUUUACAAAAAUCAUCUACAAAUGUUGAAACGUCCAUACCACUGGGCCUAAUUGAAUCGGCUCAAUGCAGAGAUUUGUUUCAUUUAAUAAUUUGCUGUAAAGACGCCAGCACUGUUAAGUGUUCAUUUGAAACAGCCGAACAGUGUACAGAAUGGCAAAGGCGCAUACAAUUAUCAGUGGGUGUUCCCGAAACACUGGAAUCUAUAUUUGCCUUUCCCUUCUGCUCGUGGGCAUGUGAUAGUUUAAACAAUGGUCAAACGGGACAAGGGAGUCAAACAAAUGGUGUUGCCGCUACGGCAGAGAAUGGACAAAAUCCAACGUCUUACUCGGUAACAGAUUAUGGAGAGAGAUUACAGAAAAUGUCUUCACGUUAUGAAGAUGAUUUUAUGCGUGAAGUAGAACGUUUGGGUUUCGAUCUAAAUGGUUCGUGGCGUAUAUCACAAGCCAAUGAAGACUUUAAAUUAUGUCCCUCAUAUCCUCCGAAGCUUUUAGUACCCUGUUGCAUUUCCGAUGAGACCUUACAGAAUGUAGCAAAUUUUCGAGGUUCUCGACGUUUGCCGGCUGUUGUUUGGCGUCAUCGAAAAUCUGGCGCUGUUAUAGCCAGAUGCAGUCAACCCGAAGUUGGCUGGCUGGGUUGGCGUAAUACCAAAGAUGAACAAUUAUUAAAGGCAUUGGCCGAUGCCUGUGCUUUUGAUCGUGGCGAACAAAUGCGUCAAUUGACAAACACUUCACAGUCUGCACAAAGUGUUCAAAUGCCAUCGGCUGAUAGUUCACCCUCCAGUCCAGAUGGUAGCCAUGAAGAAGUGGCUCUCGACGAAGUGAGAAAAGUUUUAAUUGUUGAUGCUCGCAGCUAUACAUCUGCUGUGACAAAUCGUGCCCGUGGUGGUGGUUGCGAGUGUAUUGAAUAUUAUCCUUGUGCAGAAAUUGAAUUCAUGAAUCUAGGCAACAUUCAUGUUAUACGCAAAAGUUUUCAUGCUUUACGACAGUUAUGUGCCUCACCACCAGAUGUACCAAAUUGGUUGGGUCUAUUGGAGAAGACAAUGUGGCUACAGCAUCUUUCUGGUCUUUUGGCAGCUUCUAUGACAGUGUGUCAUGCGAUUGAAAAGAAAGGACGUCCAGUAUUAGUGCACUGCUCGGAUGGCUGGGAUCGUACACCACAAAUAGUGGCCACAGCACAAUUGUGUUUGGAUCCCUAUUAUCGUACUGUAGAGGGAUUUCGUGUUUUAGUAGAACGCGAAUGGCUUAGUUAUGGCCACAAAUUUGCCGAUCGCUGCGGCCAUGGACCGGGAUCCGAUGAACUCAAUGAACGCUGCCCUGUAUUUUUACAAUGGCUGGACUUAGUUCAUCAAAUACACAAACAAUUUCGCUGCAGUUUUGAGUUUAGCAUGGGUUACUUGAUUAAAUUGGCACAACAUUCACAUUCUGGUUUAUUUGGCAAUUUCUUAUGCAAUACUUUAAAAGAACGUUUGGAAAAUUCUGUUUUUGAAAGAACCUUUUCGGUAUGGUCAUUCUUAUCUGGUCCCAUGUAUCGUAAUCCUUUAUAUAAACCAAACAAAGAUAAAGUUUUAUGGCCGGCACAUAAUGUACGAGAUUUAUCUUUGUGGACUGAAGUUUAUUUGGGUAGUUUGGGUGGUAAUCAACAGAAUUGUAUUGAUUUUCCAGCGUAUAUAAAUGAAAGUUUAAUGGGUUCUAUAAGUUCCAUGUCUAAGACAAGAUCUUAUGGUGAUUUAAUAACCGCUGGUUUUAUACAGAAUAGUAUUUCAAGACGUUCUAGUGAUCCAAAUAUGACUGUUGAUCCAAAUCUAACAAUCGGUUCAAAUUCUGAAAAUAAUUCUAUAGCCGAUUUGCAAUCAGACGAACGUGAAGAAUCACCCGAUUUAUUAGCGAAUUUCAUACACGAUACGACAAGAAAACUAGAAAAUCUCACAAACGAAUUAAACAAUCAUGACAAUGAUGACUUUAAAAUUGCAUCAAAACACAUUGAAAUCAAUCGAAAAGAGCCGUCAAUUGGUUGCGAAACAACAGACAGUAGCAAUGCAACAGAGGAAUUGGAUACUAGCAAUUAUACAAAGGAACUAAAUGGCAUCUCCAAUACAUCAUCAGUAGUAAAUGAAACAACAGACUGUAAUUAUACUACAAAACUGCAACGGUUAACAACACCACAACCACCCACAACAAUUCACAUAAGGCAAACAACUCCGACAACAAGUAAAAAUUUAAAAGAGGUACCACAUGACUUUCCUAAAUCCUUAGAAAAUGGUCAUAAUGGUAUAGAACAUAGUAGUAAAGGUAUAACUAUAGAAAAACAUUCAUCGUUAAGUUUAAAUUUAAUGCAAAGUGUAGAACUGGAAGAGCCUUUAAGUAGUAAUCAGGAAACAUCCUGCAAUGGUGGUUCCACAUCAACAAAUGGUAACACAGAUGCCACACAAAGUAUGUGGCAUGGUUCUGUUAAUACCAGCACUGAUACUCUGGUGCCUUUGGUGGAAACCAAAUCACAAAAUGGCAGUGCUACUAUUACACCCCUGACUGCAAAUGAAUCAAUCAGUACUGACUGCACAGAUGCUGGCGAAUGUUUACAGAAGCACUCCGAUACCACAGCUGCCUCUACAUCUACUUCUUCUUCAGUGAAUACUCAAAAACAGCAAACAGCCGAACAAUUUAUUGCAGAUAAAUGUAAAAUCGCUAGUGUUAGCACAAAUUAUAAUAUAUUGCCAAAAGUACAUACGUCAACGCCCAGUAGCAGUAACAUUACUACAGUGAAACCAAAUCAAUUGUCCACCAAUGGUAGCAGUCUUAGUGCUGCACCAUCUAUAUCAUCCCUAACGACGACAUCAACAGCAGCAUUUGCCGAAACAAGCAAUAAUACAAUUCAAAAUAAUCUCACAAAUACAAACAGCAAUAAUGACAAUAAAAUUGCAUCCUUAACGCUGAACAGCGGCAGCGGUGGUGAUAAUGUAACAACAGCGUCUAACACAACCGUUGGCAUGGAGGAGAGCAUACUCAUAUUACCUGAACAUCAAAAAUUAGAAAUUUCAUUUAGUGGUAAGUGCGAAAUGAUUACCGCUAAUGUAACUACCUCGUCAGGUUCCAAUAUGACUCCAAAUCAUUCAUUAUAUUCAACAACAACUACAGCGUCAACAGCUGCAUUGGAUACACCAACAACCCUAAAUGUGUCACCAUUUGUAUCUGCUGCCGCCACCACAACAUCUUCAGCCGCUGCCACUACAGCCAUGUCUAGCCAAAGACGGAGACGUACCUCUUCGUCGAAUUCAAAACGUGAUGCUUUUGGUGUCGCUGCAAAACAAAUAAACAGCAGUUAUCUGUCCCGUUUUUCAUUGCCUGGUGGUGUACGUUCGUUACCCAUGACACCACCGGGUUUGACUGAACGACCACAAGUUACUAUUUCCUGCCCCGAUGGUCUCGCUCAUGCUUUAAGCGAAGAAAACAUAAGACUUCAACAAAUUGUGCAUGAACAUAAGUUACGCGAAGAUGUAUUACUACGUGAAAUUCAUGACAUGCGAAUGGCUCUCUUAAAGAAAAUAUGCCCCAAUUGUAAUAAUGCCAAUGCAAACGCAACCAAUGAUGAACAGACAAAUCAACAUGACUUUUCAACAACAUGUUGCCAUCAACACAGUAGACAAAGAUUUCAUCAUCAUUCAAAUCAUAUGUAUCGUUAUUGUUGUCAAUAUCAUAGAAAACGACGUCAACGAUAUUGCAGUCAACGAUCAUAUGAUCAUGAAACCGAUAAUGAUAACGACGAUGACGACCUUAAUAAUGAUGGUGAUGAUGAUUAUGCCGAUAGUGAUGAUAAUAGUUCGGUAUCUGCGUGUUCUGCGCUGGAUAAUGUUGAAAAUGCUUCAAUUUGCUCUUGGGAAGCUGUUGAAGAUCGCAGUACUAGCGGUCCCUCGUCCUGCACUACUACUAGUUCCUCCAUACAACCAAAUGCUACAAGUGUUUUAUGGGUGCCCGAUCAUGCCGUUUCACGUUGCACCAGUUGUCAAACUGAAUUUUGGCUCGGCCGAAGAAAACAUCAUUGCCGAUCAUGUGGUCAAAUAUUUUGUGCUGAUUGCUCAGAAUUCUGGGCACCAUUGCCAGAUAUCAAACUAUUUAGUCCAGCGAGAUUAUGUGGACCAUGUUAUCAUUCGGUAACAACACGCAUGCAGCAAGUAAAUAAUCAAUUGCAAAACAGUACGCUAAUGCACUUGCAACAGAGUGCCACAAAACCAGCAGCAACAUCAAAAGCCUGAAAUGAUACAAUGACAAAGGCGGCAGCAGCAGCAGCAGCAGCAGUAGAAGAAAUGGAAACAGAGAUAGCAGCAGCAUCGUCAUCAUUAUUGUUAUGCCAACAAAAUACAAAAACAACAAACACAACUAUUACCACUACUGCAUAAUUACAUAAAUAAUUAUUAUUAUUAUUAUUAUUUUGGAUUUAUGCAAAUUAUGUAUGUAUUUAUAAUAUGUUAAUUAAUUAAUUAAUUGUUUUUAAAAUGAAAAUACAUUUAAUGUAAAGAAAGAAAAAACAUUAUUAAUUAACAACUAAAAAGUUAACAACUGACUGACAAACAUACAAAACAAAAACAAACAAACCGACCCAAAAACACUCUAUAUCAUUAUGGACUAGAUUUCCAGUAGAAACAACAUCUGCUAGCAAAGCUACACAAAGCGAACUUCAAACAAAAUGCUACCGGGAAAGAAUACUAAGGAGCCAGAGUAAGAGCAAUUACAACUGAGCCACAAGCCUUAAACAAAUUCACAUUUUAGCUUAAUUAUUUUACGUUUAUUAGCUCAAAAUUUAAAUUUUUAUUUUGUUUUUCUAAAUUAUAUUUUAUUUUAAUUUUAUUAAUAUUAAGCUUAAAUAUUAAGCUUAUUAAUAUUAAGCUUAAAUAUGCUAUUUUUAUAUGUAUUUUGAAUUGAAUCAUUGGCAACUUUAAACAUAAGGAGCGGUUUUCAAUCAGUUAUUUUUAGAUACACAACACGAAUAUUAACGAAAUUUACAAAAAAAGGUUAUUGCGUUUCUAGAAAAAAGAAACAAUUUAUAGUUUUUUAGUUUUUAAUAAAGAUAUAUCGUGAGUGUCGACCAAUGAAAGAAAGAUUACGAUGUCAUCUAUACAUCUCUUUUCAGAGUAGCAUGAAUAAUGAAGGUUUUUUUUAGGAACAAAGUUUGUACAACUACAAUUGAAACCCAUUUUUUUGGCACAUUUUAUGAAUUUAAUUCAGGAUGAUAAUCAAAAUGCCGAUUCUGAAACAUGCUUAUUGAUAUGAAUAAAAAACACUUACGUUUUUACUUACGUUUCAUAAGCAUCAUAUCUCAAAGCGACGAAGUCAAUUAUACGCUGAAAAGAAAUUCAAUGCUUUUGGACCUGCUGUAGAAAUAAGAUCUAUAUAUAGCUACGGUCUAGCAGACACUUUCUGUUUAAGAUUUAAUGAAAUUUUAACUAGAUUUUGUCGGUUCUAGUAUUCUGCAUUUGGGUGAAAUGUUGCCGAACGUCUAUAACGUCAAUUCUAUAAAGGUAUAGGAAUUGAUCAUGGUAUUUUAAAAGGAAACAACUUUAGAACAAACCUAAAACCUCAUCUCUCUUACGUGAACUGUUUUCGGCCUGAGUCAUUUCAAUUCAUACGAUAAUAGCGAUAUUUUAGAAUAUCAUUAAUUGAAUACUUUUCGGACUUGAGUUCGAGUCUCAUUUAGAAUGUUUUGUUUUAAUUUAACUCAAGUGAAUUUAUUAUUUAUACUAAAAUUCUAUAUACUAUGUUCACACGACAAAAUUAUUGGUAAUCCACCUGCUUAUUCGUUAUUAAAUACCCAAUUAUGAACCGCCUAACAAAAUUUCAAAUGCGAAUUAUUCGAUGUUUGAAAUACCUUACGAAUUGCAAACGAAUGAGUGACUUCUCGAGUUUUUACUGAACAUUUGUCAUAAUCAGCUGAUUUGUUUAAAUUUGUGGGAAGACAUAAAAAAUAAACAUUAUGCAUUUCGAUUACGUUUUCACAUACAGUUACGCAACGAUCGAAAACAGUUCCAACAACAGAAUUGUAAGAUUCCGAUUCUGAGUAAUCUGCAAUACGAUUGUAACAUUUUUGUAACAGCUUGAUUACAAUUAGAACCGCUGUCGACAAACCACAUAAAAAGGUGUAGCGACGAAUUAUAACUAAGUGACAGGUUGACAGAUCACAUUUUUGUUGUUGUUUUUUUAGUGAAAUGCCGAAUAUCAAAAAUGUUGCAAAACAAAAAAAAUUCCAAUCGAAUUAAAAUACGGAAAAGUGGAAUACGCAAGAAUGCCAACAAACACCAAAGCAAUCAAUGAAAAAACAACAUGACGAUGAACUGGCAUCUCAAAUUACGAAAGUCUCGUGAAAACGGGUUAAUUCGAAAUACUAAUUAAAAGCGUAAACUACAUAAUUUAAUUUCGCUUGAGAAAAAAUAUAGUACAACCACACUCUUGGUGAAUAAUGGCAAACAAUCGAUUCCUUCUAACUUGAAAUAAACAUUUGAAUUUUUAGGUGAACAUUCCUGUUCAUUCACAGUAGCUGAUUUUGCUCAGCAGUGGGAUUUUAUUCAUGUAUAAAAAUGGCGAACAAAUGAAGAAAAAAAAAAACACAUUUCAGGUGAAAUUUUGAUUCGCAAAUGCUUUAUGAGAAUAUAAUAGACAUACGGAGUGUGUGUGUCCCAAAGCAAGUGAAAUCAAAACGUUUAAUUUCACUAUUUGCCCCUAAAAGAUGGAUGAAGCCAUUAACAAUUCAUCUAAGAAUUACCAAUCCUUUGUAAAUGAUAUGGAAACUUCCUUAACUCGUAUCGUAUUCGUGAUCAAGUGAAAUUUAUUAAACUUUUUAUGUGCAAGGAAUAUGAAUUACAAAAGGAAUCUAUUGUUUGAAAAAGAUAAGCGGAUGUAUUUCAGCUAAAUCCCAAGACGGUUGGAAUCUCAAUUCGCCUUUAAAGCGACUUGAGUCGUCAAAGAUUGUGAACUCGAUGAGAACUAUAUUAACCGAAAGUUUUUUUCGUUAGGAAAGUUAUAACAACGAAUUACAUACCAUACGAUAUUACUCCGAAAUCAGAAGCUAAAGAAUGAUCAAUCAAAGCAUCGUAUUUAGAGCCAAAGAACUGGUUACUGGGAAACUCAGAUUUUAAUUUAAUUUUUAACAUUCUUAACACUUCAAAAUAGAC